AAUCUACUCUUCUAUAUUUGAGAGAGAGAGAGAGAGAGAGAGAAGAAGCACAUGAACCAUCUGCCAGAAGCUAAGCUACCUUCGCUGAGCCUCUUCAUCAGCGGAAGACCUUUCGCCAUGAAGAAUUGAUGCGAGAGAGAGGGAGGGAGAGCAAUGCCAUUGUGAAGGUAUAGGAUUUCGAUGGGUAGUUGCGACGAAGGCGCCGGAGUACGGCUGGUAGGGUACUGAUGCGAUUGGAGGCCGAUCCUCUCCUUCUCCAUCUUUUAGGUUUUCCUUGGGACUGAUCCGGCUUGUGAAGCCAGGAAAUAGGGUGCCGUGUCGUGCUUCGACAGAGAUGGGUUGUUAGGGGAGCAUCGAUGGCAUUCCUUCCCGCUGCAUUGCAUGGAUUUAUGGUAAUCGUUGGCUUUCAGCGAUUUGGUGCGGCCUCUCAGUCGGUUGCUAGGGUUUGAGGGUUCUGGGUUUUGGAAAUCUAACAGAUGGUUCAUGCCUUCGUGGGCCGUAGAUUACAGGACAGCUUUGGAGAGAUAUUUACCAGUAGUGGCUAGAGAAGAUGUACUCCAACGUUCCUCUGGAUUGUGCGUUUUUCCAGCUCUCCCCAAGACGGACAAGGUGUGAGUUAUUUGUUUCAGCAGAUGGCAAGACUGAGAAACUUGCAUCCGGUUUCUUGAAACCAUUUUUGACCCAUCUGAAGGUCGCCGAAGAACAGGCUUCUCAUGAUGUUCACGUGAUCAAUCUAGAAGUUGGAAGAAGGAAAAAUGCAGCCAUGUGGUUCAAUAAAGGAACUGUCGAGAGGUUUGUUCGGUUUGUUAGUACACCGGAGGUAUUGGAGCUGGUCAAUACACUAGAUGCAGAAAUGUCACAAUUGGAAGGAGCUAGGAAGAUGUAUUCUCAGGGAGCAAGAGACCAGCUUUCUGGUGAAAGUGAAUCUAAAUCUGCUGCAGCUGCAGAUGCAACAAAGAAAGAGCUUCUCAGAGCAAUUGAUGUACGGCUUACUGCUGUAAAGCAGGACUUGGCUACUGCUUGUGCUAGGGCAUCAGCUGCUGGUUUCAAUCUAGAAUCUGUGUCUGAGCUACUCCUUUUUGCGGAUCAAUUUAGGGCAAUUCGCUUGAGUGAAGCAAGCAAAAACUUUCUAUCUCUACCUCGACGGAGACCAGAGUUGAUUAAUGAUGAGCAGUCACUGCCGUCACCAGCUAUCCAUCUGCAGUAUAAGAGUUUCAAUGAUGCUAAUGUUCGUUCGUCUUCUGGCUCUGACAUGUCAAUAGAUGAAGCAGAAGUUGAGCAGACGGAUCCUGCCAGAUCAGCAACUUUUCAAUGUGGUGAUGCACAACUGCGUAGCAUCAGUCCACACCAACAACAACAGCAAGCUGUAGGUGUGACAGCUGCUGCCACCACUGAGCGGUUGAAGCCAGAUUCACAGCAUUUGGUACAAAACGAGAUGGAAAAAGUGGAUGAUACAGCUUCUACUGCUGUAUCUUCAGCCAAGUCUGCUCAGCAGGCUGGAGGAGGAUCAAAGCGACUGACCGUACAGGAUCGUAUAAAUCUUUUUGAGAGCAAGCAGAAAGAACAAUCUGCUAAUCCUAAUGUUGGAGGUAGCAGCUUUGGUGGCCCCAUUGUUAGUAGAUUGGCUGGAACCAGAGGUGAGCACCGUAGGAACCCAUCUGAUGUUUCUGUGGAGAAGCUGGUUUUGAGGAGAUGGAGUGGUGCUAGUGACAUGAGUAUUGAUUUCAGCAGUAACAGCACCAGCAGCAUUGACCGGAAAGAGAGUGGCGGCACUGCAGGAACUCCAACAUCUUCUGACAACUUGCAGCAUGAAGUCACUACUAGAAAAUCUGAGAAUGAUGAUUGUGGUUUAAUAGAGGCAUCUAAAUCUUAUGCUAGGUUGAGUUAUAAAAACAGCUCAGUGGAAAAUUCUUCAUCAGCUUUUUCUUCAUGUCAGGAUCAUGACAGAACGCUCCCUAAAGUUGAAACUCAGACCAGUGAUGCUGUUCAUGAAAAAGUCAAUGUUUCAGCCUCCAAGGAACCACCUGGAUUAACCAAGGAGGAGCAACCUAACACUUGGACCCAUACGAACUGCUCUCUGGAGGGUUUAGAGCACGGUGGUAUAUGUGACCAAGUUGUAUCUCAAAGCAGAACAAAAGUUUUUUUCAACUCUAGAGAGGUUGCCAGAUCAAGAGAACCUGCAGCCUCUCAAACCAAUUUCAGGUCUGCUUCAGAGGACCUUGUAAGUCAUAUUCCUUCUAGAACACCUCUAGCUUUAGCAGUGCCAUCUGAACCAAAAGAUCAAGCUAGUCUCCUGGCCCAACCUAGAAAUCAGAUAGAAGUAGAUGAACUUGCAGUGAAAACUCAACCUACCUCUGUGUACAAAUUUAGUUCGUUCAGUGGAAAAAUGGAAGAUACUGGACCAAAAUCUAUGUGUGUCUCAGAUUCCCAAAUCCAGUUUAAAUCUUCCAUGGGGAAGAUGGAAGGCAUCUCCGCAAAGGGUGACUCUGGGCAUCCUGAAAACCAGGGUAGCAGUUUUGAUGAGAAACUGGUGGCAAGACCGGCAACUAUUACAGCUGCUCAGGUACCAUCCAAAGUUAAUUCUGCUAAAGCACGACAGGGUUCUGCUUCGGUGGGAUUGAGAUUUUCUGGGAAGACGUCUGGAACCGACAAGAAGUUUCAGGGAAAAAGAGAUGAAAUAGUUCCUAGCGAAGAAAGUCAUCCACAAACAUUCCAGAGCAGGAAAAUUAAUGAGGGCAUGGAAGCUCUUCCUUUUUCACUUGAGGGGUCUCAAACUGCAAGGCCAAAUAAGGAUAAUCAUGAGCUUAAUGAUGUACUUCACCUGAAGGCUGAGGAGUUGGAAAAGCUUUUCGCUGAACACAAGCUCAAGAAUCAUAGUGAUCAUAUAGCCUCUGCACGAAGAAGGAAAACUUUGAGUGAUCAUGCAACGAAGUCUGCGGAGAAAAGAUUUGCACAAUCUCCUCCUAAGCAAAAGCCUGAAAAGAUCUUACUGAGGCAGGAUUCAACCAUGUCGGUUGAAUUUGAUUCUGACUUGUUGCCUGGAACGAUUGAAAAUUUUGACUUGUGUGAUAUCAAGGCCCAACAGGUGGGUAGUCACACUCCAACGGAUGUUCCAAGAGGAAAACUCUAUGGAAAAUAUAUGCUGAGAAGGGAUGCUAAAUUGAGUCAGGAAUGCGGAUCCAAGAGGGCUCAGAAGGAAGCAAAGAUGAAGGCAAUGCAUGACAGUCUAGAGCUUAGCCAAGCAGAGAUGAAGGCCAGGUUAGCAAGUUUUUCUAAUAGACAAAAUUUGACAGAUGCUCGUUGUCGAGCAGAGAAGAUGCGGUCUUUCAAUGGUCGUUCAACUCUUAAAGUUAAAGGCCAGUUCUGUAAGCAGACAUCAGAGUCCUUGACAGGAGAUGGGGAUGAUGAUGAGCAAGAACUGCCUGAAUCUUCGACUGAUAAUCAAUCCAGUAAGCUUUCAUCCUCUACUUCUUUGACAUCAGUAAGCCCUACUCCUAAGCAUUUGGUAAAGUCUACCAAUUCCAACUCCUUACGGCAUAGGGGACAAACCGAAAACCCUCUUGCUCAAUCAGUUCCCACAUUCUCCGACUUCAAAAAUGAAAAUAUGAAGCCCUUGGCCGCAGUUACCAAGGCUACUGCUCGUGUGCAGCCAAGAAGUUUUGCACGAAGCAAGAGCUCCAUUGAGGAUGCAGAAAUCUCAAAGGAAGAUCGGUCCCACUGGUCCAACAUUACGAGGAAAAACUCAUUUACUCACGCUGAGUUGAAGGACUUGUCUUCUCUCGAUUCUGAGAAGACUUUUCAUGAUAUCCAAAUGAGCGGCGAGUUUAAACAGUAUGUCAAGAAGGGAAAUGGUGCAAACCAUGGUUCUGGAGCUGCUAUGGGAAAAUCAAGAAGCUCCAUAACUCCAGAGAACCUUAAAAACAAAGAAAAGUUUGAAAAAAUUGUGAACCAGAAGGAAGAUUCACUGGAUAUUGCCAUUGAUGAUGACGAAUUUGAAAGUGCUUAUGCUGAAGGAAACAAUCUGAUUAUGGAUAUUCCUAUUGACUCUGAUGGUGAAAAACCAAGGCACAGCCAAUUAUCAGGUGAACCUGAAUCAGAGAAUGGCGACCUUAUGAGGCCACUAUCUCAUCUAGAUGGUUCUAGUAUCAUUUUUUCCAAAUUCAACUGUGCUAGAAAUGCCGAGGACUCCGCAGAAGAAAGUUCAGGAUCAUUGAACUCACAUGGUUACCAUUCAGUUGGUUAUACACGGGAAGCAUCGGAUAUUUAUGGAUCUUCUGAUUUUACUGCUGAUUGUACGUCAUGGAAUUCUCAUUCGCUAAGCCAGAUAAUGGAUUCUGAAGCAGCCCGAAUGAGGAAGAAAUGGGGAAGUGCUCAGAUUCCUGUCAUUUCUGCCAGCGCCUCCCAACAAUCUCGCAGAGAUGUAACGAAAGGCUUCAAGAGAUUAUUAAAAUUUGGAAGAAAAAGCAGGGGUACAGACUAUCUAGUAAAUGAUUGGUUCUCUGCUUCAACGACCUCUGAGGGUGAUGAUGACCCAGAAGAUGGACGUGAUCUAGUACACAAGCCCUCAGAUGAUUUUAGGAAAUCAAGAAUGGGUUACAGUACUACAUAUGAUGGAUUCAAUGACGGUGACAUCUUUCCAGAACAAGCACAAUCAAUGGGCAACUCGAUUGCAAACCCUCCAAACCCAAUGAAACAUCAAAGUUGGCGGCACGUGAGCCUCGUCGGCCGUUGGCAUCCGAGCGAGUCGUCUGCCUCCGCCUCCUCUAGCGUUUUCCCGCACACGAUCGUGGAAUUUCUUGUCGGAAAAAUUCCCACUUAUGGAACUUCCGCCUUGAUUUCCCGCCUGUGGAGCUCCGACUCCGUUUGCGAGUCGCUCGACGAGCUCGAGAGUUGA